CCUGAUUCUUACGUAGUACUCCUGCGUUUCAGCGUAGCUUACCGGGGCGAUUCAAACUCUGCAUCGAGUCUGCGUGUAGGAAUUGCGGCUGCAGAUGGUUUAUUAAACAAUUUCUUAAACGUUCAUAUUUGUGAGGAACAAUGUCUGGAAAAAGUAAAAGCAGAAGUGCAGCAAAUGCCGACAGAAUAUCUGGCGGUGUUAGCUGCGAUGAGCGCAUUUUGCGGGAUUGUCAUCAACUGUACACGGAACCCGACAGUGGUUUAAUUGCAGUGGCUGAGUCUGUGGGUGUAAAGUUGCUGCCCCCCAGAAAGAAGAUCACUGUGAUGCUGAUGGGCAACCACUCUGCUGGAAAAAGCUCAUUCAUCAACUGGUAUGUUGAAGAGCACAUCCAGCGAACUGGUGUUGCUAUUGAGACCCAGGGAUUCAGUUUUGUUACAAGUGGGCGCAAGAGAGAAUCCCUCACAGGAAAUGCCACCCUUCAUCUAUAUCCCCACUUCAAGCCUCUGCAAGAGUUCAAAGGUGUCUCAGAGUAUAUAAGCACAGAAAUCUGCACGUCACGGCAGAAACGUUUCAGCCUGGUGACUUUUGUGGAUUCGCCUGGGUUGGUAGAUGGUGAUAUGAAAUAUCCCUUUGAUGUGGAUGAAAUUGUCUUGUGGCUAGGUGAUCUCUGUGACCUGAUUCUGGUCUUCUUUGACCCGAUGGGUCAGGCUCUGUGCAAACGUACUCUCAACAUUGUGGAGGCCUUGAAUGACAAACAUGGGGAUCGGCUGCGUUUCUACCUCAGUAAGGCGGAUGAGGCCGGGGGAGAGUCUGACAGACAGAGAGUAAUGAUGCAGAUUGUCCAGGAGCUCUGCAAACGACCAGGACUUAAUAAAUGUGGUUUUGACAUGCCCACAAUCUACAUUCCGAAUCCAAACAAGCCCAGCCGCUGUGUCAACCAGAUUGAGGAAGUGUGUCGCACUAUUGAGAGGACCAUCAAUCAGACAGUCCAGAAUACGCUCAACUCUCUGGAGAAGGACUGUGACAUCAUUAGUGAAGCCAUCACGGAUAAAUUGACCAGCGACAGGCAGGUCAGUUCUGAGAACUCGCGGGCGCGCUGCAAGAGCUGCUUUCUAACACUGCUGGGCUUCAGCAUCCCCAUGGCUCUUUUGGCCGUGCUCUUGCUGGGCACUCUGUCCAAGGAGCUUCUGGAGGUGGCUUUGGGUCGCCAAGGCAUCGAAGCCCUCUCCCUUUAUCUGGUUCCUGCAGUACGUAUGUUUGAAUCGAUGUCUCGAGAGCAGCAGCUUUACUGCUGCGGUGCCAUGGUCCUUGCCUCCUUCCUGCUGCUCAUCAUAGCGCGAUUCUCUUUCAGGACUCAACCAACUCUCUCGGGAAAGCAGAAAAGACAAUUGCAGGAGAAGUUGGACUUUGUUCAGGAGGUGGCGAAGACCAAAAAGAAAAAGCUGUAUGAAGAGUAUCUGCGGCAGAGUGUCAGCGAUCAUGACAUGAACUAAAGACACAGAUAGACACAACACGGACCAAACGUAAAUCAACAAAAAAAAAAAAAAGCACUGCCAGACGGACACUGCAAUAACUUUUGAUGAUAAUUCCGUUUAAGGUACACCCACCGAAACCUCCUCAUAGACCUUUUUAUUGUGACAAUACCUCUGUGAAAAACUGAGAAGAGGCAGGUCUCGUCGCGACGAGGCCUUUAUCACUUCAUAUACAUUAUCGAUGGACAUUAUUUAUCUAUCUUCUGCUUGACUCAAUCAUGAUGUCAGAAUCAUACCACUUUAAAUAUAUGACCGUUUGCAAAAUAAUUAUACUUCUUUACCAGAGAUACUGAAUUUUGGGUAAUAAUCACACUGCACUGGUUUUGUAUAAGUUACUGCUUUUUUUUUUGAACACUUAGCAUUUUAUAGUGUUUUGUCAGGAGAAAUUAAGAAUUUUACUUCAUGUGUCGAC